AUGUCGGACCCAUAUGGCACGUUCCAUCACGCUCUCAACAAAUUGCCUGGGGAAGAUCCAAGUGCACCGCCCCAAACUGAGUGGCUGAAUAUGGGCUACUGGAAGAACACCAGUGUCUUCCCAGAAGCCUGUCAAGGUACGUAUGUUCCACGUCCCUCCGAGCUGUCAGGAAUUACAAGUCUUCCUGCACAUCACCAGCGUUCUCGUGAACGGAUUGCGAGCAUGCGGCUCCGAAAUCCGGGUAUCAUCGAACCAAAUCUUUACCUCGGAGAUGCGGUUUAUCGACUUGGGAGAGAAGAUCAUCCACUCAGUCCCAAUAACGCUGAUAUGUUCGACACUAUUCUUGCUCUUGAUUGCGCGUAUCACUUUCACACUCGACGAGACUUUCUGCGACAGUCGUUGUCACACCUUGCGCCUGGUGGGAGAAUAGCACUUGCGGACAUCUGUUUUACGACGAGUUGGAGGUCCAUGAACUUCGGGACGAAGGUUCUCUUGACAAUUUUAAACGUGAUCCCCAAGGAAAACAUCGUUUCUCUCGCCGAAUACGAGGCAGACAUGCGGGAUAUGGGAUACGUAGAUGUAAAACUAGAGGAUAUCAGUGAGGAUGUAUUUCCUGGGUUUGUACGAUUUCUAAAGAGCCGUGGGUGGGGCUGGUGGAUAUUUGGGAAAGUCAUGUCGGCGUUUUCGGGCCGGUGUCAAUUUGUAGUAGUGAGUGGCUGUGCAGGUGCUUAG